UAAAUAAGCUGUGUUGGAGUGUAAAUUAUUUUAGUAUUUAACAUUUUAAAUUAUGGUUUACAUAGCAUAGUGUCCUCAAUAAUUAGCUAGUGUUAGUUAGCUAAUGAUUAUUCUAGCUUGUUAGCUAGCUCAGCCUUGAUGAGGCAUUUAAAUACAUCAGUCCAUUUAUUUUACUAAUGCUAGAUUGUCUAUUAAUAUUUAAUGCACCUUCCAUAUAGAUGCCUUCAGAAUUUGUGAAGUGAAACCUUUAAUAAGGGUGAAAACGAGGUUUUGAAAAUGAGUCAGAGUCCAAUAAAUGAUGCUAUUUUUCACAUUACCACCGGUCGUGAUAAAGCAGGGCUUGAUGUCAAAUACAUUGAUGCAUUUAAAGGCAGGGGAGUGUUUACCAUGACGCACUUCACUAAAGGAGAGUUCAUCAACUCUCUGGAAAGUAACAGAAGACACCGAAUUUACCACAACAACUUGAAAGGAUUUAUGUUCGACUUCAUCUGGCACGAUAAAUUCUGGACUAUUGAUGCUGCAAGGGAUGAUGGCACUCUUGGAAGACUGGUUAAUGAUGAUCACAUUAACCCCAACUGCAAAAUGAAGAGAAUCAUUGUGAAAGGAAAGCCCCAUUUGUGCCUUUUUGCUUUAAGAGACAUAACACCUGGAGAGGAGGUCACAUAUAAUUAUGGAGAUGCUGAUUGUCCCUGGAGGAGUAAAUGGACAAAGUGUGGAAUGGAUGCAAACACUAAUCGUCUGGAGUCAGGUGCUACCUCUGGAGAUGUUACCCAGUGCACCCAACAUUCACAACAGAAAUCUGCUUCCCACAUUGAGGUGACAGAAAGUGUAAUAGAGGUGGACAGUAAUCGUUUGGAGUCAGAUGGUGCCUCUGGAGAUGAUCAUCAUUGCACCCAACAUUCACAGGAUGAGUCUACAUUCUACAAUCUGGUGACAGAAAGUGGAAUAGAGGUGGACAGUAAUCGUUUGGUGCCUCUAGAGAUGAUCGUCAUUGCACCCAACAUUCACAGCAUGAGUCUUCAUUCUGUAAUCUGCAGGUGCCAGAUUAAACAUUUUCUGAUGACCAGUAUUGUAUACCGCACUCACAAGUGGAAAUAAGCACUCCUCAGGUUGGAUAAAUUGUCACUUUUCUGAAUAUAAAAAGUGGACCUUUUUAAUUAGUACUUAAUUCAGUGAAACACCAGAUAUGAUGGGUGUCUACUCCAGUGAAAAGCCUGUGAUGUGGGCGGCUCCAAACUAGGUUUUAUCUAUUGAUAGCGCAAGUAUGGUAUAUGGGAGAUGGAAGGUUAGCUAGGACUUUCUAUAAUCCCUAAUGGCUUGGUACAUGUAGAUAACAUCUUAACUUGUAUAAUUGUAUCCACAACCACCUAGCAACACCAUAGUGACCACAUUUUAAGCUCCACAAUCACUGUAUUCUUCAGAAAAUGCACAACCUGUAGUUCUUAAUAAUAAUAAUUUAUUAUUAUUAUGAGGUGUCCUUAAUCAUUGAGGAUGCAUUCAAAAAGAGUGCACUUGUUCUGUG